ACUCUUAAUGGAGAAACAAGAUGAUUAUUUGGCUUGAUUGGGGAAGUUUUUUAAUGGAGUAACAAGAAGCUGGUGAAAAUGGAUGGAUGGAAGGUGACUACAGGGCUUAGUUCACACUGAACGACAAGCACAUGGACAUGGGUGAACAACCUUUUUUUUUUUUUGUGUGAGUCAAUGUCGUGGGAUGGUGACACGCAUUGAAGUGCAUGUGCAGGGAAGCUGGCUAGCGCAUUUGUCUUCACUCAAUUUUGUCCCUCCCUGAGGUUUCUUUUUCCAGUUUCUUCCCUACCAGACAAUACAUGACUAAACGCCUCCGCUUAGAUUAUUCCUUAUCCAGCUCAUCGAUAUGCCAUUUAACGCAUCAAAUUUAGGUGUUGCUUUCUUUUAAUCUGCCUACCGCAUAGACUUCCUUUUUCUUGCUUUGUGGUUAGUAUAUUUUCUCUUCUAUAUGUGAGGUCUUGCACUCUUGCUCUUCUUGUCUGGACCAGCAAAACCUGCUAUUCCUAGUCUGAUUCUCUCCCCCUCAUCUCUUUGUCUCUGUUCCAGUCCCUACAUAUGUUGCUGUCCAAAAGACAACCUUCUUCUGCAAUUCAAUGGAUAGAGAAAGCAAAAUACCAUAAAAGCAGAGAACCCUACUUCAAGUUCCUGGUUAAUCCCCACAUUAGAUACGCUGCCUUUCUUUUCGUGUUUCUUUCCUUAUGGUUUUUGUUACACGUCUUUUGUUUCCCACCGACAAAAACCCGCCCUCUUCCCGAAACACAGUACGCCACCACCACUGUUGCCGCCGUCUCCACCGCUACUUAUGAAGUUCAUCAAAAUCCCAAAACAGCUGCAAAAUCAUCGUCUCCAAAAUGCAACGGAAGGGUUUCAGUUUAUGUGUACAAUUUGCCUCCGGAGUUUAACAUGGGCCUCCUCGACGAUUGCAGCCACUUGAAUGUUUACACCAACAUGUGUCCCCACGUGGCUAACCACGGCCUAGGGCAGCCACUGGACAACAUGGACCUUGCGUCGAGCGACUCCAAUCCCUGGUUUGCCACCCAUCAGUUCAUAGCGGAGAUGAUUUUCCACGCACGUGUAGAGAACCACCCGUGUCGCACGUGGGAUCCUGCGAAAGCCAAUCUCUUCUACGUGCCUUUCUACGGUGGUCUGCAUGUGUCCAGCAAAUUUCGCGAGCAGAAUCACACAAUUCGCGACGCGUUAGCCUUCAAACUGAUCGACUAUCUUCAAGAUCAACCCACGUGGCACAAACAUAACGGCAAGGAUCACUUCAUUGCUUUAGGGAGAACCUCAUGGGAUUUCAUGAGAACCGACAGUGGGCCCGAUUUUGGGGCGAACUGUCUUCUCAAUCUGCCAUCUGUAAACAACAUGUCGGUGCUGACCGUAGAGAGGAAUCCCUGGAAAGGCUCAAACCAACACGGCAUCCCCUACCCUUCCUACUUCCACCCGUCCACGUUAGACCAAAUGUUAACGUGGCAGCGCAUGAUGCGGCAAUCAAACCGUCCCUACUUGUUUUCCUUCAUUGGUGCCCCACGUAAGGCCGUUGACAAAGCAGCCAUCAGGGACGAAAUGAUAAAGCAAUGUAUGGAAUCCACUCGAUGCAAGCUGCUGAGAUGCGACCGUGGAAACCCACAGUGCUACAACCCUAGUGAGAUAAUGAGAGUGAUGCAAGAAUCUCAAUUCUGCUUACAAGCUCCGGGGGAUUCUUUCACUCGGAGGUCAACGUUUGACUCCAUACUUUCCGGUUGCAUACCGGUGUUUUUCUCGCGGCAUACGGCGUACACGCAAUACGCUUGGUUUUUGCCUGAGGAGGCGUCCAAGUACUCGGUUUAUAUGGAUGAACAAGGAGAUGAAAGCAAAAGAAUAGAAGAGAAGCUGUUGAAGAUAUCAAAAGAAGAUGUGGAGAGGAUGCGAGCUAAGGUGAUUGACAUGAUUCCAAGGCUCACUUAUGCGCAUCCUAAUGCGAGUAGGAGCGAUCUUGGGUUUGAAGAUGUCGUCGACGUUGCACUCGAAGCCCUGGCACAGCAUGUUAGGAACAAAAUACAAGAUAAUCUCGCCACUGCUGAGUCUAGGUAGUUAUAGCUAGAAUAGGUUCAAACUUGAAACUUUGCAAAUGUCUGCCAGUAAUAAUAAUUACGAGAAAACAAUUAUAACAAUAUAUAAAUUGAAGAAAAAAAAAAAAGAGGAUGUAUAGAGUUGUAGUGAAUUAAUUUCAGUUGUACGUGCCAUAGAGGAGUGAAUAUAUGCAUGCCACAAGCUCUAUUUUUGUUCUUGAAAUAAAUGGGGCACGAAAAAGGUCAAAUGGGGACCGUCUCUUUAA